AUGGAUUCAGACACAUUGCAAGCCUUCCAGAAUGAACUAACCUGCUCCAUCUGUAUGAACUACUUCAUAGACCCCGUCACCAUAGACUGUGGGCACAGCUUUUGCCGUCCCUGCCUGUACCUCUGCUGGGAGGAAGACCAGACUCCAAAGAGCUGCCCUGAGUGCAGGGGACUAUCAGAGAAGCCAGAUUUCAAAACCAAUAUUGUACUCAAGAGGCUGGCUUCCCUCGCCAGACAGGACGCAGCUAAACAAACCAACAGCUUGGAGGGACAGAUCUGCUUGACACACAAAGAAGCCAAAGGACUCUUCUGUGAGGUUGACAAGACCCUGCUCUGUGGCCCCUGCUCUGAGUCCCCAGAGCAUGCAGCUCACAGCCACAGUCCAAUACAAUGGGCUGCUGAGGAAUACCGGGAGAAACUUCUGAAGAGAAUGGACUCUUUAAGGAAAAUGACACAAGAAAUGCAAAACAGUCUGAAUCAAGAAGCUAACAAAACUCAGUUGUUAGAGAACUAUGCGGCUGUAAGGAAGGUGAUGAUCAAAGUUCAGUAUCGGAUGAUCCACCUGUUUCUCCAGGAGCAGGAGCAACUCCAUCUGGAGGCGCUGGAGGAAGAAGUGAAGGAGACUCUCCAGCAACUCAGGGAGAGUGAAUUCAGAAUGACUCAACAGAAAGAAAGUCUGAAAGAAAUGUACAGAGAGAUGACUGAGAUGUGCCACAAGCCUGACUUGGAGCUGCUCCAGGCCUCGGGAAAUGUAUUGGAAAUGACUGAUUUCAUACAGAUGCAAAAGCCUCAGCCAGUGAACCCAGAGCUCACUUCCUGGCCUGUCACUGGAAUCCUAGACAUGCUGAACAACUUCAGAGUGGAUAAUGUUCUGAGUCAGAAAAUGACCAUUCACAAUGUGAGCCUUUCUGAGGAUGGUACAAGUGUGAUGUUUGGAGGUGACCAUCACGACGUGUCUAGACAGCCCCAGAUUGUGGAGAGAUUUGUGGCCUGGGGAGCUGUGGCCUUCACCUCUGGGAGGCAUUACUGGGAGGUGGAUGUGGCACACUCCUCGAACUGGAUUCUGGGAGUCUGUAAAAAUAUCUUCACGAGUGAUACUGAUAUCAUUAUUGAUUCUGAAGAAGCAUUUUUGCUAUCUUCUAUGAAAGUGAACAAUCAUUAUAUUCUGUCCACGAACUCCCCACCCUUAAUUCAGUAUGUGCAAAGGCCUCUGGGUAGGAUUGGAGUGUUUCUGGAUUAUGGCAAUGGAACUGUGAGCUUCUAUGAUGUUUGCAGAGGUUCCCUCAUAUAUAGUUUCCUUCCUUUCUCCUUCUUCUCCCCUCUGACGCCUUUCCUUUGCCUUAGGUCUCCAUGAAUAAUCAAGUUCCAUGACCAUUUAAUUGAUGAAAUUCUUGCCUGAACAAAUUGCUUUCCUAAACCUCACGUGAGGCCACAGGAUGAUAUCUGACUAUCUCUGAGCACA